CAUCAUAACAAAACAAUCUCAUUUAUGUACAAUAGUCAUGCAUUUAUAAUUUGUACUAUUAAUUUACUUCUAGUGCCAUAAGCUAGGUAAAAAUUUAUUUUUUUAUAACUUAACAAUGCCAAUACUACAGGUGUACACUACACUGGCCAGGAGUCAAAUACCGGCUAGAUUUGCAACAAAUACGGCUCAGCUAUUGAGUAAACUGCUCAACAAACCCAUUAAAGCCAUGACUAUUUGUGUGAAUUCUGAUCAAAUUAUUUACCAUGGGCUGAACCCGGGUAUUGGUGCGCCGGCAUCCCUGUCCACACUGCAAAAUAUCGGCAAAAUGUCGGCGGAUCUGAAUCGGACGGCCACUCAAGAGUUGAGCAAACAUUUUGAGACAGAGUUGGGUAUAAAGCCGACGGACUCUAAGUUCGUGUUCAUUGAGAUUACCGGCGAUCAGCUCGGACUCCGGGGUCAGUUACGAUCGGACUUCCCGUGACUGACAUUAAUAUUAGAUUAAGAUG